UUGUCCCCUCUCUCGCUCUCUCUCUCUCUCUCUCUCUCUCCCGCUCUGACUCCGCAUCUAUCUCACCACCACCAUUACCAUUCUCUCUGGCCGAGACCCCCUCUCUCACACAGGACUUGAUAUAGAGUGGUGAGGAGCAGAAGGAGCUGGCUGGCAGGAAGAGAGAGGAGCGGUAGGAGAGCUACAAAAAAAAAAGGAGUUCACAGUCCUGGAAAGAAGAAGAGAAUGCCUGGAAGAGACAGCUACUCCCACAAUGCCCUGAAGGUGUUCAGCUUCAGUUGAGGAUGGCAGGAGAUUCCAGAGUCCUCAUGGACCACAACAUAGAGAUAGGCGUCACACCUGCACAGGUGAAGAAACUUCCCAAACACUUACGGGAAGCCCAGAUCUCGACAGAGCGAACACACUUGAUAUCCGACCCUGGCAAGAAACCACGUCAGCGCUACGUGCAAAAGGACGGCAAGUGCAACGUCCACCAUGGAAACGUGCAAGAGACCUACCGAUACCUCAGUGACUUGUUCACAACACUAGUCGACCUCCGCUGGCGUCUUAGUCUCUUUAUUUUCACCCUGGUGUAUGUCGUCAACUGGCUUUUCUUUGGAUUUCUGUGGUGGCUGAUUGCACUCAUCCGUGGAGAUCUCGUGCAUGCAGAUGAAGAGGGCUGGACCCCCUGCGUGGAGAACCUGAACAGUUUUGUCUCUGCCUUCCUUUUCUCUAUUGAGACAGAGACCACAAUCGGGUACGGUUAUCGUGUUAUCACGGAGAAAUGCCCUGAAGGUAUCGUUCUGCUUUUGGUGCAGGCCAUACUGGGUUCCAUUGUCAAUGCCAUGAUGGUGGGCUGCAUGUUCGUCAAGAUCUCACAGCCAAAGAACCGGGCCGAGACCCUCAUGUUCUCACACAAUGCUGUGAUAUCGGUGCGGGACAACAAGAUGUGCCUGAUGUUUCGGGUGGGGGACCUGAGGAAUUCUCACAUUGUGGAAGCCUCCAUCCGAGCAAAGCUGAUCCGCUCACAGCAGACAAAGGAGGGGGAGUUUAUCCCGCUCAACCAAACGGACAUAAACAUCGGCUUCGACACGGGGGAUGACCGACUGUUCCUGGUGUCGCCGCUCAUCAUCUCACAUGAGAUCAACGAGAAGAGUCCUUUCUGGGAGAUGUCCCUGGCACAAAUGGAGAAGGAGGAGUUUGAGAUCGUGGUUAUCCUGGAGGGAAUGGUGGAGGCCACAGGGAUGACGUGCCAAGCAAGAAGCUCCUACCUGGACACAGAAGUGCUUUGGGGCUACCGAUUCACACCCGUUCUCUCUCUGGAGAAGGGCUUCUAUGAGGUCGACUACAAUAACUUCCACGACGUCUACGAGACCAACACCCCCACCUGCAGCGCCAAGGAGAUGGCCGCCAAGCUCCGGGAAGGGCCACUAUUGCCUCAGCUGUCAUUGCUCAGCCCGGAACCAAAAAUGCAUUCUUUUGAUCCUCUAAACCGCCUGUCCGACUUGGACCCACUAAGUCAGGACGAGGACAAGGAGGAGAGGGAAUCAGGAGGCGAUAGAGGAGAGACCAAUGGCUCAGCGGCUGCUUUGGAAGAGACGCCCUUUGCCGAUGGACUACCUGACUGAUAAGCCAUUAAUGGCCAGCUUGUUCCAUUGCAAGGACACUUUCAUGCAAUACUCCUCUACUAGAGUGUCAAUCUAUAGUAUAGAUUGGUUUUUAGACACUGUACUGUAAGUACCGACACACAUACGUACAGCAUCUAUAUCUUCACUUCAAACUUGGUGGUGCCGAUUGUCUUUUUAUAAUCCUAUAAUCAUGUCCACUUGCUACAAUUGCAGUUGUGUGAGGGAAACGCCAUCUGAAGAUUACAGGUUAUCCGGCACUUUAUGGAUACACCAUUGCUCUGAUUUUAAAGAGUAUUGAUUGAUUUCAACAAAGCUAAUGCGUCUGAAAGACAGCUUCUCUGCAGUGAUGGAAGAAAACAGUUUCCAUCCCCUGCUUCCUGUUCACUGGAAUAUGUAAGGCUAAUAGUUUGCUCAUAGGAAAACAUAGGAAGCCAUCCAAAUGCAACCGAUAUGCAGUUUUCUUUUUCAAAUCCCUGUCUUUAGUGUAGCGUAUAUCGUCAUUUAUGUGUGACUAAUUGUCUCUGUCGCACACACCGGGAGCUUUGCCCCAAAAUAAGCCAGCUUGUACCUCAUUCUAUGCUCAUUUUCAGGGUAAUUAGCUGCAACACAGGCUGGUAAAAGAAGACAAUGCAACUGAGUGACUGACUGAUUUUAUUUCUUCCCCUCGCAAUUGUGAAGUGCCAUUUACUUAAAAGCUGCGGUGGUAAAUUACAAGUGGACAGCGGUUACCAUGCACUUCUUAGUUGACAAAAGACCAAACUCAUGCCAAUUAAUACGUAUAUGUGCUGGAAGCUAACAAACCUUGUCUGUAGCAUAAACAUCAUGUCUUCAACUAGUGUUGCGGUCAAGACUAUGGAUCCUUUUCUUGUUUUAUGAUUAUUUUAUAAUGGAAAUGGAUUAAUCAACCCCCAUUCUCCACAAACCAAGAAAUUGCCUGCUAACUAACAAACAGAUGGCUGCAGGAAAUAACUGUAGCAAUGGCGUAGGCCAGACCAGAGGUUUUCAAAGUGUGGUACAGCAAGACCUCCCUCGGAGAAUAUGAUACAAUUGGCCUAUGUCAACUCCACAAAAACAGAUUUUCUGGAGAAUAACCCCAGACACUGUUUAUUCACUCUCACUGCGGGAAAUAAAAAUCUAUUCAUUUUGCCUUUGAACACAACCGAAGUUAGCUCAGCAGGUUUGAAAAAUAUGGUUUUCUUUAUUUUAUGCCUCCCUUGAAGUGUGUAAAGCGCAGUGUAUGGCACAUUCUCAAACCCGCCGACUAAGAGCUGCAUUCUUUCAUUAUUUUCAUUAAAAAAACAUGUAAAACAAUAACUACACAAUGUUAAAUUCAUGAAAAAUAGUACAGUGAAAAGUGAUAACGAUCGUGAUGACUGGACACAUAAUUUUUUAGGUAUGAAAAUGUAAUUAACUUCAAGUUUUAUUCACGCGGAAUAAUUUAGUUGCAUAACGAUAACCCAGCUUCUUGCAUCGCAGCGGGUGUGCAGCAUUCAAAGCUAAUGUAAACACGUGUGAUGGCGGCAGACACAAAAAGCAACAAUUGUUGUGGAUGGAUUGAAUGGAUUAAAUUUUUCCACAUUUCCUGUACUUAUUUCAACAUGAUCUGUGUAGCAGAAACAGCGCAUCAAUAAAUAAAUUGUUUGACUGGAUGCAAUUUUGUUUAAUAUCAGAGCCACUCAAAAUCAAAUCAAACAAAACCACCAAGUUUCAAUCUGCCAUCAUUAUAGUUCAAUACCGUAACAAUUUUAAUUUCCAUUUAACCUACAACUAAUAAUUUCAAAAUGUACAUGCAAUCAAAAGAUCUUUGCAAAGAUCUCUGCAGGUUCAGAGAACGUGUCGUAUGGCAAUGAUACAGACAGUAGAAAUUAAGCCAUUGCUCACUCAGAUUGUGAUUGACGUCCAGUUGUACACUCUUUCUUGAAACCCACCUCUCGGUUAACAAAACGGUACUGUGACUUUCAGUAUUACAUUAGGAGGAAAUGGCGGCAGUUUGAUCGCUGUAGAUCACCUAGCUAUUGCUGCUGGCUGAUGCAUGUUGUGGCUCUGGAUUUUAUACAAAAUGUAUUUUUCAAAUGGUCUACGAAAUGCUGGAUGAGACACACGAUGACAAUGAAAUGCUCCAUGUAUAUUUUAUUCCAAAUGGAGUCCCACUUGCAACAAUGCAACUGUCAAUGAUGAUCUCAUCUUGUGUCGAUCAUCAUGAAUAUUUGCCUUUUUUCGUCAUGGUUCCCUUCGGUCCUCACCCUAUUACUUGAAGUGUUCUUUGUCUUUCCACAUUUUCCGUCUCUUCACUUGUUUCCUUCCUUGUGUUCUGUUCAACGGCCCUUGUGGUGGCUUAUGGAGACGGACAGUAGCAACUGACUGACUUGAUUUGAGACUGCCUGCAUGAGGUGACCCCUAGACGUCCUCGACUUCGGAAUAUGUUUAAUACAGCGACAUUAAAAGAUACAGGGUAUUUUCUAGGCAUGCAAAACGAAAACAAUUUCUACAAUAUACAAAAGUCAUGAUUUUAAUAUCCAGCUUUCAUUUAUUGAAAUAAAUUAUAGAUCCAUAAUCAUGUUUGAAUCCUUCCAACGCACCAGUCAAUUGUUUUACAGAUGCUUGUCCAAUCAGUUCAUUUAUUUUCACUGUGACAUUAUUGCGUUAGAUUCCAUUUGCUAGGUUUGUUGUUAGAGAGUGCUCAUCUUUCAUUGCAGGAAUGUCAUCUGUUUUAUGCGUGUUCUCAUGGGAAUAAACAUAAUACGACCAAAAGAACAACAUGUUCUGUGUUCAUCCAUCAGUGAACAUAUUUUUUUCCCAGAUUAUUAUGCAAACAAGGAAUAGAAAUGACCUUAAUUUAAAAGAGCAUGACAUAGCAUGGUGGUGUAACAAAUUGACAAAGCUCCGGGUGAGCAAAAUAUACCUGAAAACUGGAUUUGCGGUGCAUGACAAGAUCAGUAUAGCACUAUCUUGUCUUGAGGAAAAAAACUCAUACAGUGAAGGCUUUGGGGAAGAAAUAUGUGUGAUAAGAACAACAUUGUCUCCCACUUUUUCUUGUAUUUGAUUUUUUUGGGGCGGUCAAGUGCAUGCUGGGGAAAAGUGGAUACAUUUCAGAAGGAACAUUAUCUGUGUCCCUUUCUGAAGUCUAACAGUCGCAUGGGUUCUGAAGGAUUAAAACAGAAGUCAGCAGCAUCCCUGAGUCAGCUUUGUGUGCCAUGGAAGCUACUUUUACACCAGGGAUGGGCGAUAUGGACUAAAAUCCCUUUUGCAAUAAACACUCCUGAUGAAAUUUGAAUGUGAAAAAAUAACACUGGGCGAUUAUAUGAUCGUGAUCACCAUAAAUUUCAGGUCAAGUACAAGGAUCAGCUGUGAGCAUACAGUAUUUACUUCAAACAUGGUGGAAAAGUAUGUGAUAAGAUUUGAUCUUUUUCUGCACCACUUACAAGUUGCCACAGAGGUAAACAGAAUGACCAAACGUGGAGCUAAACCCACAGAGGUUACUCUGCGUCGGCUGCGUGGCCAUGGUUUGGGUUUGGGCAAGUGAUGUUUAGCAAAUCAAGUCAAUGUGCAAGGUAUGGCCUCAAAAACUGGCAACACGAGAAACCUGAUUAAUAAUUUCAUGUAAUACCACACAAGUGAUUAUGCAGACAGAGAAAAUGCGAGCAGUCUGCAGAAGGCGCCGGACCAAGGCAGCAAUCAAAAAUACCAGAUGGUUUAAUAAAACAAUCAUGAUAAUCGAGAUUGGAUGAUAUGAAAAAAUAUUGAUAUAAUUUUUUUGUUUGCCACAAAAUAGCUGGCAACAUUUGGUGCUGUACAUAUAUAUAUGUUUUUCCAAUUAAAAGCUAAUAAUUCUUGGAAUAGUGCCAUGCCAACAGUAAAAACGGGCAAACAUGGCAGAAGUCAGUAUCAUUUUUGGAUGGUAAAACAAAUUUGUUAUAAUUGCUGCCCCCUCUGACUUCUGCUGAUUUGUCGGACAGCUUACACACAAACCGAGUCCAAUCUUGUACCGGCCUUUUUCACCUGCUCUGUUCCCUGUCAGCCUGUUUGCUUGUAGUUUGUUUCGCUCAAUAUUGCUGGUAUAUCAGCCAGAUUGCGGCAUCAACAUGCAUUAUCUCGAUAAGGCCAAAUGUACGUAGUUUCUAUCGCUCAUUACAGGUUUACACAUAAAUGUUGUCAAAGUAGAUUAAUGCUCCUACCUAGCAACAGUGGAGACGCGAGGAGGACUUUUAACAAGCGCAGCAGUCAAAAAAAAAAAAAAGAAACAUGAUAUUACAUUUGGUGGGGAGGGGAGGGUCGUCCAAAUUCACAUAAUCACAGCGCUGUGCUGUCAAGGCUAUUUCUGUCUGAGCUAUUACAUUUGGAAGGCAGAUCGUCAGCAAGAUGGCAGUCCCUGAUUCAAAAUUGAAUAAUGCACGAUGGUAAUAUAAUGCAUCUGAUGAAUGACAUGUUGAGAUCGGUACCCGUGGCAGGUGCAAGAGGGUGCUCAUGUUGAGUGUUGUGCAAGAGAGACAUGAUGGGUUACGAUACAGUUGGGGGGGAAAUAAUUAUUUUAUCCGCGCUGUUUUGUAAGUGGACAUGCAGAGGCCAUAAAUGGUUUUUAGCAGGUUUAUUUUAACAAAGACACAAUCAAUCAACAAAAAACGAAGUAAAAGCUAAAAGGUCGUAUUUGAGCCGCAAGAAAACUGUGGCUUAGUAUGUAGUAGGCAUCACAAAGUUUCAGCUCCCUCUACAGAUUUUCAAUAGAAUUAAGGUGUGCAGACUGGGGCUGUGUUCGAAACCGCAUACUAACUACUACAUACUUCCAUGCCCAUACUAUCCACACUCCAAACUGCAUACUCAAUCCAUCAGACAGUAUACAAAGCAUUUACACUACAGCGUACUACAUGAUAACCCACAAUGCAUUGCACUCCUACCCGAGCCGAAAUACAUAGAUAAGCUGAAGCUGAUUUCACUUUAGCUCUAAACUCUUUAAAUACAUCACUUUAUUGAGAUUUUUUUUUUUUUUAAAUCAGGCGAGAAAGUGUCCGUUUAGAUCCCGAGUAUGCCAUUUAUUUGUCCAAAAAAAAGCUAGCUGAAGUGAGCCACGCACUUUCGGUUAUUUUCACAAAAUUAAACACCCCCUUACUUCUCUCAUACAAAAAAAACCAUAACGAUAAAUCACUGCUUUUACUUUGAAAACAAACUCACAAUAUAUCCUGCUGCUGCUGCUGCUUCAGUGUUGUUCAAUGUUUUUUUUUACGUGGUGACAUCACAUCGCGUUGCAUCCUGGGUAAUAUGGGUAUGAGUAGUAAGCUGAUGAUUCAUACUCAACAUUUCUGGCGAAUGCAGUAUGCAUCCAGGAACUUCUCACAUACUCAAAAAAAUCGCAUACUGCCAAUGUAAACACACUGAGUUAGUAUGAGGUAAGUAUGCGGUUUCGAACACAGCCUAGGUCACGCAAAGAUCUUAAGGUGCUUAUUCUUGAACCAUUCCUUGGUCCCCUUGGCUGUACGUUUUGGGUCACCGUUAGGCUAGAAGACCGAUCCACGAAAUAUGUAAUGUAAUCACAUUACAUUGUCCAAAGAUCUUUCAGUGAAUAGUUGAGGUUUUCAUCGGCCAACUUUAGACUGCUUUGUACAUUGAGCAGAGAAACUGCAGGAUUUCAGUCGAUUGCGGAAAAGUGUGCUCAAAUAAAUAUUUCCCCCAAGGUAUAUGUUCCAGGGAAUCACAAACAAAGACACCUCUGGGUUAGUUUACUUUCACUUUAAGAAUGAUGGUGGAGUAGGGGGAGCAUGGCGCCGACAGUUAGCAAUGAUCUCUCAGGGCAAGGUCUUAGCCCGAAUGUUAGAGAUAAUUAAGUGGGGCCCUGGAGCAGUUGCAAUUUGAAUCUCCCCUGUGCCUCCUGACCUUGGUCCCAACGCUAAUAGGGAAGGACGGCUAACGCUAUUUCAAACGGUAGCUAUAUAUUAUGUACUGCAGCAUUAGUUCAUGGUAAUCAGUUGAUCAGUUGUACUCUUUGUUUUCGAUCUACAGAGGCGCUGCUUUUUUUUUUUUCAUGAAUAAAAUAUUUUGUCACGCUGGGCUGUAGAUGUUAUUUGCUCAUGAGUAAAACACACCCAUACAAAAGUGUAACAUUGAACCACUGUUCUCUCGCUCUCUCUCUCGCUCCAUUGCUAGUUAAUACACGAGUCUUCUCCUUUAAAUUAUGCAUGCAUGUGGAAAAAGAUGGAAGCACAUGAGGCCAUUAACAUGUGUCGUCGGAAUAAAACAGCUGCAGAAGAAAAAGACAAUACUUGCCGGAGGAUUAUGGCAACACAAAGGAAAGAGCGUGAGCUUGAUUCACAUUAACACAUCCAAUUUCUACAUUUUUAUAUUUCACCUAACAAUUUUCCAUUGUUUGUGGAAUUGUGCAGCCCAAAACGGGGUUGUUUUGAUUGUUCACUCAUCUGCCCUUUAUUGCCAAUGAACUGACCUUGCUGUGACUGCUUCUCUCACAGCCACAAGAAGUAAGGUUUCAUGCACAAUUCCCCUCCUUCUACUUUAAAUUACCUGGAUGACAAAGAUGCAUUUACACUGCAUCAUCACAUGCAUCCCCAUGAAAAAAAAACCCUCAAGAGCUUCCUGGAAAGUAUUUUCCCUCCAACAAAAGAGGUACUGUAAGCCCCGGGAAUCGAAAGUGAACAUGCAUGGAAAGCUCGGGUAUAAAAGCAGCUUCUGACAGAGGCGUCCAACCAAUCAGGAGAGGUACUAAGGUGAUGCAAUUUAAGACAACAUUCAAAAAGGGAGAAAAUGUGCUCACAUCAACAAAAGUGGGACUACCCUCACAGAUAAAGAGUGUUGCUGUAUUUUGUCCCAAUGCAACUAUACAGAAAAUAUAAGAACAUGCAAUCUCACCACAUUAGAAAACACGGUGCCUUGCACACAGAUCAAACAGUGGCUGCUAGAAAGACAGAGUCGUGACUAAAAGCUUCAGAAGACAGAGAAACCUUUGCCUUCAUCAUGGAGGCAAACAGAGCUUUUUGCCUUUGAUGGCACUUUCUAUCGCCUCACAGAGUGCAUCUUUCCAAAUUUCAGCUGCAGAGAAGCACAGAUGAAAACAAAACCAUUUCCCAGCACAGACACUUUGCCGACUCCUAAUUUUGACUUGGUAAACAUUAUGGGUUUUCACAAUUUCUCGACGGCAUGCCUCAUCUUGGCCUCCUGUAAUAUACCAGUGAUGGAGACAAGACUGGAUUUACUGUUUCACUUUAAAUUCUCCGCCUAUUAAAGUGGAUAACGGCAUACAAUGUAAAUUAUAUAUGGGAGCAAUCAGGAAACCACAUGAAUUAAAAAGCAAUAUAAGGGCUGUAUUAAAUACUCUGCCUUUUACAAAAGGUAAUUGCUAUUUGAGGUAUUAAUCAGGGAUUCUUGAUAUUUAUUUACGAUUAUUUUCAAUGUGGAUUUAUCUGUAGUUUGUGCACACCUGGAGGUAAUGACUCAAGUUGGAUUUGACAAACUGUACCUAUUGAUUCACCUUAACCAAGUACUACUAUUACCAAAACAUGUUAAAAAAAAUAGCAGUACAAACUGUGGCUCCAAGAUCCCAGAUCGCUUUAGCCCUCAAGUAGUCUUUGUUUGCACUUUUAAAAUGCAGUGGCGAUAGGAACAAGCCCCAGACCGGGUGUCGUAGCAAUGCUGGCGUUGCAGGUUGCUGAUAGCUUGAUGUUCUUUACCGUCACAGCAGAAUUUGGCUAAAUGUCUUCCGCUGAAACAAAGUCCCAUGUGAUCGACGGAA